GGUGUUGAACAAACCGCAGCCCUGCGCGCCUCCAGAGCUCCGCCGAGCAGCCCUGCGCGGCGUCCAACUAUUCAACUAUUCAACAUCCAAUUUUUUUUAAAGUUCGAUUUUCCUUUAAUCGAACCGAAUUCGGUUCGGUUUGAAAGACAAGUUCGGUACCGUUUGCUCAGCCCUGUUAGGUGGUAGGAGAAGAGAAAAGAAAAAGGAAAGCGUUUGGAUUCGGUUCGGGUUUAUAGAAGGUGCCGCGGUGCUAGGGUUAGAGUCUUCUUUUCCAACAUUUUCAAAGCUUAUAUGGACAGAAAUACCAAUCCUGAUGCUGCGGGUUCAUCUGGUAAAGAUGAGCUGCGGGUUCAUCUAGAUCUUAACAAACUCGAAGGUGAUGCUUACGGUGAGUUCAUCAAAGGCAUUGUCAAUAUAUAUAAUCCACAAGAAAAAAGACAGAGACUUUGUGACACCGUAGGCAAGCAUGUGCCACGAGAAACUGAAAUAUUUAAAGAAAUGAAUGACCAAAUCGGUUUAUGUUUCGACGGAUGGAAUCUUCCAAAGCUCGAUGACAUGGACGACAACUGCGGUGAAGAUCCUCGUGCACAAACCCCACUUGAAGCGGAAAUCCCUGCUAGUGAAAAGUUUUUUCAAGUAAGGUUAACUUAUGACCAACACAUUUUGGACAUUUUGAUACAAAAAAGUAGUUUGUAUUUAGUCGGGUACAAGUGGAAAUAUAAAUUGAAGGAGGAAGAAGCUAUGCUGAAUCCAGAUGACAAGGCGAAGAUAGAUGACAAUGCUGAUUACUGGAUUAUUCUAAGCGGGGGGUGUUGUAAGGCAGCUGUUCAGUUUGUUGAGGAAUUUCUAACUCCCGAUAAGUAUAAAGAAGUUAAAUUGGGUUCAUCAUAUUUUUCAUUGUUGAGCCCAUUUGAUUCGGAGUUAGAAACAAAGAAGCAAAAGGCACUGGCCAAAAACCUGUACAAGAGAUUGACAGGUAGAUUGAAAAUGUUAAAUGGAGAUGAGAAAACAGACUACAUUGUUGGAAUACUACAAAAACUGAAAACGGAUAUGGCAAAAACGAUAAAAGAAACUAUGCUGGGAGAGGAACUUGAGUCAAAUUGGGAAUGGUUAAUUCCAGAUGAGGAACUAGUGGAUCAGUACAAAAGAGCAGAGUACUUGUUAGAGUGGCUGAGAAAAAGAAAUUAUUCCUUGGAGACGAGUGAACCUGCGGGUGACAAAAAGGCCGAAGAGUUUAAGAAAUUUUGGCGACAGAGAUUUCAAAAGCUAAGAGGGAUAUCAGAUAGGGAUGCCAUGGAAAAGCUUGUAAAAAUGCUGGAAGUGAAACAUAAGCUUUUUCUCAGCCAAAGGCAGAAUGGAACAGAUGAGGAAAAACAAGAAAGUGACUUCAAUCAAUCGCUCAUUCCAUGGGAAACGGAGAUCCGAGAGGCAGUCAAAAUCUUAAGUUCCUUGGGUUAUGAAAUAAUAAUAGAAACGAAAACCGGAGAGACAAACAAAGAUAUGCUAAAAAGGAAGGAGAAAGAAAAGAAGAAGAGGAAAAGGGAAGGGAAAACAGAAGAAGAGCUAAAAAAAGAUCUCCCUGAAAAGAUUAGGCUGAUAAAAUUACUUGAAAAAGUAAUUCCCCAGGAAGAUGGUUCUACUGGAGAGAUUAAAAAGAUACUUACGGAAGAGUUGGAAGAGGAAUGUGGUCAGCUGCUGGAAACGGAUAAAGCCGCCAAAUUAGAUAGGGGCAUCAUAGAUUCAUAUAGGGAAGUGAUGAUGGCUACAGAUCUGUAUGACUUCUAUGAAAAGCUGGAAAAGAUUAGACACGUCUUGGAAAAUCAGAUGAAGGCUCUUGGAAUUGGUGCCAGCUGCAGGGUACAAAAUGAAAAGAUCAAAGAAUUUGAAUUGAACAGACAUGCCUUAGUACGCGCAUUUGAGCAUCUCACUCAGUAUCCAUUUGAUGAGGAUGAUCAAAAAGAUUUCGCUAAACAUAUUACUCAUUUAGUGGUGAUGAUAUGUGAAGCUACGAGAUUUGAACCAAUUGCAGAGCACAUUAAACGCAGUUACACACUUGAAUUAGGCUCUAAAUUGAGUGAUAAAAAUGUUGCUCUGAUAAAUAUGUGGAGUGAUAUAUCAGGCGUAAUGGUACGUGGGUGGAGUUACAAGGGUGAAAGAGAUUUCGGGUUGGAAGAUUUAAUGAAGGCGGUUACAGUUAGCAGAGCAAGAGAGUGGAAGGGAUUAGGUAAAGAGUUAUAAUUAACAGCGUUAGCCUCAGACCCUAAAAUUGAGACAACCCGACUCUAUGGACUACUUGUCUGGAAAGCAAAGAUGGCAUGCAGAAGAAUCUCAUACUACUUUUGAUUCAGUGUGGAAUAAGAUUGUCUUCUGAGUUGAUUUGUCAGGUCUUUGUUUGGGAUUGUGAUUUGUGCAUAUCUUUGUUUGGGAUUGGAAUUGUCUUUUUGAUUAUAUGUUCAUGUGUUGUCUGUUUAGCUCAUGCAGCAAACCAUUGUUGUUUCCAUUUUAUGUUGUUGUUUCUCAAGACUAUAUAUGUGUGGAUU